CAGGUGUCGGUCGACCAGAAGCCCUUCAUCGCCUGGUUCGUGCAGACGCGGGUGCGGCUCAUGGCGCUCGCCAUCGGGGACGGCGUCAACGACGUGGGGAUGAUCCGCGCGUCGCACGUCUCCGUCGGGAUCCGCGGCACCGAGUCGCACCUCGCCGCGCAGGCCGCCUCUUUCCGCGCGUCAGAGUGGAAGCAGCUGAGGCCGCUGCUCCUCUCGCACGCGGUCCGCUCGAUGGUGCUCCUCUCGACGACGAUGAAGUGGGUCUACUACAAGCACGCGAUGACGGCGUGCGCGCUCGAGGCGUGGAUGGUGCACAACCGCUACGCCUCGUGGCGCGACCCGACCGACCCCGUGUACAUGGUCUUUUGGAACGGCACCGUCUUCCUCACCGCGCUCGCCUACGCCGUCGAGGACUCGAUCUCGGACCCGCUCGCCGUGCGGCACAAGAGCCUCUUCUCGGGCACCGCCCUCUUCCGCUGGUGGCUCACCGGCGCGCUGCACGGCUUCUUCAUCACCUUCGCCCUCGUGCUCGCCUUUGAGGAGCAGCAGCCGCGCGAGCUCGGCGUCCGCUUCAUGUGCGUCUCGUCGGUGGUGCUCUCCGCGCGGCUGGCCUUCAUCACCAACCGCUGGAUCACGUGGGCGGAGCUCUUCCGGCCCGACGAGGAGCAAGACGGCGCGGGAGGGGCGCGGGGCAUGGGGUGCUGCACUCGCCGCACGGCGGCUGGGUGGCGCGACGCGGCGCGUCGGCUUGCGCGGUGGUCGCUGCGCGCGCUGCACACGCGCGCUGGCCACUGGCUGCCCUGCCUCCUCUUCACCUACUGCCAGACGCGCUGGUGCCACGUGCCGACCAUCCCCGUCGUCGCGCUCGCCGGCGGUGUGGCGCUGGUGUGCGUGCUGAGUGACUGCCUCGUCUUCCCGCGCUAUGGCCCCGUGCGGUGCGCGCUCGAGGCGCUGUGCGCGCUUGCGGCCCGGCCCACGCGGUGGUGGUGGGCCAAGGCGGCGCCGGUUGAGCUGCAGAAACUCUCAGCCAAGAAACAGUGACACUGUGACUGACCUCGAUCGUACGACGAUGUUAUUGUCUGUCUGUUGGCGCCUCAAGCUGGUGUGUGUCUUCGUGUCUGUGUCUGUGGCUCGUGUCAGCAAAAGGAAUUCAAUACGAAUUCGUCGAAAAUC